AUGGUUGCCGCCGGUCUGCCGCACAUCAAGCACCAGCCAGCCGAGUCGCAGCCAUGCUUUGCCACCAUGGACAUCGACAUCGACACUCCCUCCUCCUCCCCGCGCGGCCGCCCCUCCUCCUGCGCCGGCAUCGACCUGCGGUGCCUACUCUCCGUCGUCUUCGGUGGCAUCUUCACCGUGUUCCUCCUAGGGGCGUCCCAGGCCGCGCUCCCCUCCGCCUCACUCUUCCUCCAGCGGUACUCCGCAGCCACCCAGCGCCCAUCGCCACCGCGCUUCGCCUACCUCGUCUCCGGCUCGAAGGGCGACGCGGCUAGGCUGCGCCGCUGCCUGCUCGCGCUCUACCACCCGCGGAACCGCUACAUCCUCCACCUGGACGCGGAGGCGCCGAACUCGGACCGCGCGGAGCUGGCCGCCUUCGUGGCCGCGCACCCGGUCCUCGCCGCGGCCGGCAACGUGCGCGUGGUGGAGAAGGCCAACCUGGUGACCUACCGGGGCAUCACCAUGGUCACCACCACGCUGCACGCCGCCGCCGCCUUCCUGCACGGCCCUGGCGCCGCGGGCUGGGACUGGUUCAUCAACCUCUCCGCCUCUGACUACCCGCUCGUCACGCAGAACGAUCUGAUGGACGUGUUUUCGCGGCUGCCGCGCGACCUCAACUUCAUCGAGCACACGAGCGACAUGGGCUGGAAAGCGCAUGCGAGGGCGAAGCCGUUGGUGGUCGACCCGGGGCUGUACCUCAAGACGAAGCGCGAUCUGAUGUGGAUGAACACCGAGACCCAGAAGCGGGAGCUGCCCACCGCCUUCACGCUCUUCACCGGUUCUGCUUGGACGGUGUUGUCGCGGCCAUUCGUGGAGUACGUGAUCUCGGGGUGGGACAACCUCCCGCGCACCCUGCUCCUCUACUAUGGCAACUUCGUCUCCUCCCCGGAGGGCUACUUCCAAACGGUAGCCUGCAACGCCAACGAGUUCCGGAACACCACCGUGAACCACGACAUGCACUACAUCUCCUGGGGUGAACCCCUGGGGCAACACCCAGAGCUCAUCAACGCCACUCAUUGGGGCAGGAUGCUCGGCAGUGACGCCCCCUUCGCACGCAAGUUUGGUCGAGACGCCAACGAUGUGGUUCUUGCUAGAAUCGACGAGGAACUCCUGGCGCGGCAGCCCGACAUGCUCAUCCCAGGCGGCUGGUGCAUGGGAAAUGUUGGUUCUGGCAUCGGCGAUGAUCAUUGCUCGGCCGUCGGGGAUGCGACACUCCUGCAUCCUGGCCUUGGAGCUGCACGGCUGCAGCGGCUCGUCGAGUCGCUCCUGUCGGAGGACAACUUCAGGCCUAAACAAUGUAAGAUAGUGGAGCACAACAAUUGAGCUGCUACUGCUACUGCCGGCGGUGCUCCAUUUUCUCCGUUUUGGAAGAGCGAGACAUCUCUUCAUGGAAUUUGAUCAUUUGUUCUUAGGUUGGGAUCACUUGAUCAGUGUCUUCUCCUCUUUAGCUACUAUUGGAGCCCAGCAGUUGAGAAUCGAGAUAUAGAGGCAGGGUCCGUUUGGUUUGUGCCUAGGAUUGCCCUCUCAAAAAAUUGCUUGCCAAAACUUUGGUUGAGCUUUUGCUUGCAAACGGAUUCGUCAACUUUGGAUAGAAGAAG